AUGUCGAUGCCCGCCCUCCCCACUGGCGAUGCCGAGGCACCGUUGCUCAUCUCGCUCAGCGACUCCACCCACGUCACAUGGGCGGGCGAAUCCGAGCCCGCCUCGGCCCCGCGGAAGACCGGUACUAUCUUCUCGUCCGCCAUGAACUUGGCCGCCUGCGCUCUAGGCGCCUCCAUGCUCUCGCUCCCUUACACCAUGAUGAUCUCCGGUCCCAUCGUCGCCCUUCAAUUCCUCAUCGUCUUCGCUAUCAUGGCCUUCUUCUCCGCGCAGGCUGUCGUUAACGCCGGCCUCCGCUCGAAGAAAAGCUCGUACGGAGCUAUCGUCAGGCAUUAUUUUGGCCCCAUUCAAGGCACUAUCGCCGAAAUUCUCCUCGCUUGCGCUCUUAUCGUUGCUGCCAUUUCGUAUAUCGUCGGUCUGGCAGACUUGCUUCCCGUAAGUCGUACACUUUAG